CUUAACCGCCCGGCCAUCUUGGCGCAGAGAAAGAGGGAAGGAGAAAGAGACCCAGGAGGAGGAGGAGGAGGAAGAGAACCCGCCCUCUUGGAGGAGCGCCCCCACCCCAAAUCCCCAGGAUGGCUGCGUGCGCUUGACCUCCUCCCCACACCCUUUUCUCCAAGACCCCCCCUCUCCCCCCCCCGAAUUCCCAAGAUGCACCGCGACGCCCCUCCGGCUUUGGCCGCCCUUUUGGGGGGCGUCCUGUGUCGGCUACUCUUUGCCUUCCUCUCCAGCGUGCCCAGCAUCCAGGCUAUGGAGGUGAUGGCCCCACCGACCAUCUACGCCCUCAACGGCUCCUCCAUCCGCCUCACCUGCACCUUCAACUCCUGCUACCAGGUGGAGAAGAAGCAGUUCUCCCUCAACUGGACCUACCAGGGUUGCAGCAACUGCACGGAAGAGCUGUUCCUGCAGUUCAAGCUGAAGGUGAUGCCCAUGGAGGAGAACCGCUUUGGGGACCGCAUCGAGUUCACGGGGAACCCCAGCAAGAACGACGUCUCCUUCACGCUCCGCAACGUGCAGCUGGAGGACGAGGGCACCUACCACUGCUACGUCAUGAACCCCCCUGACCGGCACAAGGGCCACGGCAAGAUCCAGCUCAGAGUCAUCACCGAAGAGCCCCCGGAGCGCGACUCCACGGUGGCGGUGAUUGUGGGGGCCACGGUGGGGGGCUUCCUGGCCGUGGUCAUCCUGGCGCUGGUGGCCGUCAAGUGCGUCCGGCGGAAGAAGCAGCAGCGGCUCAACACCGAUGACCAGAAGACAGAAGAGGAGGGCAAGACCGACGGAGAAGGGAACCCCGAGGAGGGGGCCAAGUAGACUGAUUGUGGGCGGGAAGCCCCCGCCUCUACGACGCCCAUACACACCUCCCAACUCCCCUCCUUCGUGUGUCUCCUGGGCCAAAAAAACAGAGAAGCCCCUUCCCCUUUGACUGCCUUCCCCUCUGUCCAUUUCCCCUUCCAGAGGGGUCUCUGCCGAGAAUGGGGAGGGGUCCCCACAUUCUGAAUCGCCCCUUCUCCCUUCCCUUCCCUCAGAAGCACAACCCACGACUGCCAAGAGAACUCACUGCCAGGGGGGCAAGGCCAAAAGCCCCCUCCCCAUAAAAAGCCUCCUCCAGGGCAAGGCUUUCUGCCCAAAAUGAGGGAGGAUGUCUUUCUAUUUCUCCCAAUUCUUGCCCCCAACUCAUAACCGCGCACUCUUGCUCUGACCCCAACUCAUAACCGCCCCCCCCCCGCACUCACCUGCCAAAACCCGGCCUCAAACUGGCCUUGUACGCCUUCCUCCCACGAUGAUGGUGAUGAUGAUAGUGAUGAUGGUGAUAAUGGUGACGAUGCUCUCUGCGUCCCUCCGCCUCCGCAGCGCCCCUUCCUUGCCUGCGCUGAAGACCCUCUCCGUGUUUCGGGAUCGCCACUGUUGUCUGUCCAUCUGUUCAUCCGUCUGGGAAUGAAUAAAGCAGGGCGCGCCUCUCUUUCUCUCUG